AUGGAUGUCACGAUGAUCGGACUGCAGAAUGCGGGGAAAUCGUCGCUGUUGCGGGUGCUCGCGGGCCUGGCCACAACUGGGCUGUCUUUGUCUUGGUUUGCUAAACCUUGCAUUUACAGCUCGAUUCCAACGAUCGGAUUCAACACGAAACGGGUCCAGAAAGGCCAUGUGACUCUAAAGUGUUGGGAUCUUGGAGGCCAGCCGCGGUUUCGUCCAAUGUGGGAGCGAUACUGCCGAGGGGUUAAUGCGAUUGUGUACAUAGUGGAUGCGGCCGAUCGUGCUGCCCUGCCGGUCGCCACAGAGGAGCUUCACGAGCUGAUGGAAAAACCUUCGCUUGACGGCAUUCCUCUGUUGGUUCUGGGAAACAAGUCCGACCUUCCGGACAAAUUAUCGGUUGACGAACUCAUAGACGCAAUGGAUCUCAAGUCCAUAACGCGCCGUGAGGUGAGCUGCUAUGGAAUCAGUGCCAAGGAGGAGACAAACCUUGACGCUGUCUUGCACUGGUUGAUCGCCAGAGCAAGCAGGUGA